UAUAUAAAGGAGAGAAGCGGGCGGAGAAGACGGCUGGUGGCUGCAGCCCGUGCGGCGGCGGCGGUAGCGGCAGCGCGGGGGGCGGCGACCGGUGGCGGUUUCGCUCCUUUGCCCCGGGCGGGGGGCGGGGAACGCUCCCUGGACCCCCAAGGGUCGAUUUUUUUUAAGGGCGAUUCUCGAGGAUCUCAGCUCCCGGAGGAUUUCUCCCCCCCCCCCUCACCGCCCCCCCUUCCCCCCACUCCACCUUCGGGACUCGAUUUCAUUUUUCUUUUUUAAAUCUCGGUGAUCUGGUUUCAGUCGGGGUCUCUUUUGUUUUUGUUUUUAUUUUUUUAAUUUUUUUUUUGUUGUGUUGUGUGUGGAAAUGGCGAACUCGGCAAAUACAAACCCCGUGCCCAAACUAUAUAGAUCUGUGAUGGAAGAUGUCCUCAAUGAUGUCAGAGAAAUUUUUCUGGAUGAUGGAGUAGAUGAACAAGUCCUUAUGGAAUUAAAAACAUUAUGGGAGAGUAAGCUGAUGCAAUCUAAGGCAGUGGAUGGAUUUCAUUCAGAAGAACAGUAUUUAAUACAAGUGCAGCAGCAGCAGCAGCAGCAGCAGCAACAGCAGCAACAUCACCACCAUCACCACCAUCAGCAAGCACAACCCCAACAGACUGUGCAACAGCAGUCCCAAACGCAACAGGUCCUUAUCCCUGCAUCACAGCAAGCAGCACCACCUCAAGUUAUUGUACCAGAGUCUAAGUUGUUACAACAUAUGAAUCCCUCAAGUAUGAGCGCUGCUGCCACUGCUGCUACCUUGGCACUGCCUGCUGGUGUUACUCCUGUUCAGCAGAUAAUAACUAAUUCAGGCCAGAUUCUACAGGUAGUCAGGACUGCCAGUGGUGCCCAGUACAUCCUUCAGCCGCAGCAGUCAGUGGUUUUGCAGCAGCAGGUCAUACCACAGAUGCAGCCUGGGGGAGUACAAGCUCCUGUUAUACAACAGGUUUUGGCUCCUAUCCCUGGAGGGAUACCACCACCAACAGGUGUCAUCAUACAGCCUCAGCAGAUCUUGUUUACGGGAAACAAGACACAAGUUAUACCUACCACAGUGGCAGCUCCCACUGCAGCACAGGCACAGAUCACAGCAGCUGGUCAGCAGCAACCGCAGCAGCAGCCUGCCCAGCCACAAGCUCCUUUGGUGCUACAAGUAGAUGGGGCUGGGGACACUUCGUCUGAAGAAGACGAAGAUGAAGAUGAAGAGGAAGAUUAUGAUGAUGAAGAAGAUGAUAAAGAGAAAGAUGGGGGAGAAGAUGGACAAGUAGAAGAGGAACCCCUGAAUAGUGAGGAUGAUGUGAGUGAUGAAGAAGGACAGGAAUUAUUUGAUACAGAGAAUGUUGUUGUGUGCCAAUAUGAUAAGAUCCACAGAAGUAAAAACAAGUGGAAGUUUCACCUCAAAGAUGGCAUUAUGAAUCUUAAUGGAAGAGAUUAUGUAUUUUCCAAAGCCAUUGGAGAUGCUGAAUGGUGAAGAAUUGCCUUUUUUUAAAAAAAAUUAAAAAAAAACAAAAAAAAGGAUUCUUAAAGCUGGACUGGUUGAAAACUUAGGACAUAUAUUUCAACCAAAAUUUACUUCUGCAUGUCAGAAAAGUAUGGUAGAAGCAAAGCUACUGGAACAAAGAUUGACCGUGACAACGUAGACACUACUUCAGACUGGCGAGCCAUGGAAUCGUAGCACCUGGCGUUGUUGGGAGCGGAGUUUUUGUUAGGAAUACCAUAAUUAUCACUUCAGCAUACAGGUACCUACAGCCAGUAAUUAGCAUGUGACGCUUUGUUGCCAUCUUUCUCCUUCUAACUUGUUAAAUCAGAAAAUGUUUCUUGGGACAAAUCGAAGGAACUCUUCCCUUUUGAUAGAAUGAUCUGGAACUUCUUGUGUGUGGUCAUUAUAUUGAUUAAAUUUGUGUGGGGGCUUUUUACAAAAGGGAAAGAAUUAUGGUGUUGAAUUAAAAUUCUCUUGUAUAAGGAAAAGACUGAAAAUUCUAUUUGAUAGGUCUUAACUAAUUUUAUUUGCCAUUCUCCCUCAGUGAUAUUCCUUCUAUAUCCCUACCCAUUCCUUUUCUCAACAUCUGUUUAAUAGAGAAAAGAAUAUAGUCAGUGAUAAUAUUCAUAGGAUCAUACACUUAGAGCUAGAAGGGACCUUAGAGGUCAUCUUACGAGAACCUCAUUUUAUAGAUGCUGGAAUUUGAACCCAGGUCCUUUGCUGGAUUUGGACUCAAUCUGAUUAUUAUACCACAUUGCUUUCCAAUUCAAUUACUUUUUGGAGACCACAUCCUUAUUUGACUUAAAACUUUAUAUACAUAUAUAUUUUAAAAUUAACUUUUUAAAAUCUGUUCAGUAUAAUUCAAAAACAUUUCACAGGAAUUGAGAGGAAAUAACAGUGGUAAGUUUAAUUUCCUUAGAAAGGCCUGUCCCCCUUUCCUCAUCCUUUUUCUCCCUUUAAAGCCAAAUUGGCUCCUCAGGAAUAGUUUUAUUUCAAAGGGUACCACCUGAUUGAAGUUGUAUAUACAUGUGCAAAUACAUUCAUUUAUUCCUAUAAUGAGGCUGAAAUUCGUCUUGGUGAACUUAAUCUCCAAGUUUUUAGAUAUCCAGUGCAUUUAUUAUAGUUGAGGGUGAGGACACUGAUUUUAUUAAACAACUUAGUUACUAUAAAAAGGAUUCUUGUGCGUAUUCGGAAAGAAUAGCAAAACUUGAUAACAAAAAUCUAAUUGUCAAAGUUAAGGUAAGUUUUUUUGACAAGUGACUUUUAGAUAAAGUCUUUUUUGCGUAAGUGUAAAUGUCCUUCUUGUUUACAUGAUGGCCCUACUUUAAAACCAAGUGAUGGGCAAUGUAAACAACUACUCUGGUUUGUUCAGCAGGAAGGAAGGCCGUGGGGUUUGGGGUUAGAGUAGCAGUCACAGUUCAGUGCCCUACCAGAGACUCAAGAACAGUGUAUCUGUAGCACUGUAAUGUUUACUAUGUCAGCUACUUGGGAGGGGAUCAGUUAACAUCAUUAGCAAACUGAAAGGACAUUUUCUUGAUCUCCGUUCCUUUUGGAUAAUUAAAAUUUUGUCAUGGUUUUGGUUAACAAAUUCCAAGUGUAUUUAAUCUCCUGUAUAUUUAUUAACUGCUUUUCUUUUCCCUCUCCCAUCUUAGUCUUCCUUUUACUUGCCUCUCAAUAUAUUUGCAGCAGUAGCUUACAUGAAAACCUUAAAUUACAUUGCAAGGAAGAAAACUGUGAUGAGCCAUUAUAUGGGUUUUUUACACCACUUAGAUCUCUAAAAUUGUCUACUCACCAGAGAGCCUAAUCAAAUUACUGCCCCUCUUGUCCUUGCUUAUAUGUUGUAAACCUCAUUAUAAAGUUGGUUUCCAGUCACAUUAAUAAUAAUUAAGUGCUGUUUUGAUGUAAAGAUUUUGAGUAUGAUUUUUGAUUUGUCUUAAUUUAGGAUAUAAUUGAAGUCUUUUUUUUCUUUUGAAAAGAAGUUUUUUUUAUUACCACUAUGCUAAAAGCACAUGCAAUUUUUUUGGAGGUCAUUUAUAUGCUGGGGGUGGGGACAGACUAGUUGUUACCCUAACUUUUUUUUUAAUUGUCAGGUAGUAAAGCUGCCAAAUAGGUUUGUUUACCCAAAAAAGGAAUCAGUCAUCUACCUGGGAAAGUUUAACAAUGCUGCACACAGUUGAACAAAUGAAACCUUUUAGCUACUUAGCAGUUUUUUUUACUACUGGAACCCAGGUUACAAUAUACUUAUUCUCUUUUAUAUCUUGGGUCCUCUGUGGUAGACAAAUAAUCCUUUUUGUUCAUAUAGCAGCAUUAUAAACUGGCCUGUCACUAUACUGUAUUUUGUGAUAUGAAUACUGCUUUCAAAGUAGUUUUUGGAUUAUUUUGAAGCAGGUUAAUGACCAUUUGUAUUUGCACCUGUGUCUUACAUAUUAAUUAUGGCAUGCUUGGCAAAUGAGGGAUUUUGUUUUAAUUACCUGUGAAGUUUUUUGAAAGCCAGUCAAAACAAAAUGACUUAACCAAAUUGUGCUCUUACAUAUUGCUACUUCAAGUGUUCCUUUUAAAUCAAACUUUUCAAUUUUAUUUUGUAGCAAUUUGCUGUAAGAAUGUAGCUUGCUUACCUUUUAUCGUACUUGAAUUUUAAUCAUGGUUUUAAACAUUGUAAUUGAACAGACCAUUUCAUUAGGUUCCGUAGAAAUUGUCAUUCCUUUGAAGAGGACAAGGAAUUCCCACUUUGAGUUUUAAAAGUAAUAUAACUUGUUUAUUUGAAGUAGAAGAAAUAGUUCAGUAUUAAUAUUACAGAGAUGAGAGGUUUCAAAAGCGUUAAGUUUAGAUUUGCACAGAUGGUAACAGCACCUUUUAACUUGAAAAAAAUGGGGAAAUAUCUUUAACAUUAAUCAUCAGCUCUAAUGGACAUUUGCAUAGCAACUCGAUAAAGUGUAGAAAUUUGUGCCUUUCAGUAUACAGAUUCUUAGUUGGUGGUCAUUUGAAUAAGCUGGGCCACUUGAAUUCCUGAGAGCACGUUUAAUUUUUGCAGAGUUCCAAAUGUAUCUUUAAAAACUCUUAAUGUGCAAUUAAUUUCUAAAAUCAAAUAAGUAAAAUGUCUGCUAUUGAGGGGAAUAGACAUAUAAGGAACUUUAUAUUGGACUGUUAUAUUUUUAAUGUUCAAUUUUUGUUAUUGCUAAGUAAUUAAAUUUCAUCCUAAUGUUA